GAGGGUCUUGUCCUCCGAGCGCUUGGACCCGGGCUGUCUCGGCGUUCGCUCGGCCUUGGGCUGACGGCCUCUCGAGACCCUCAGUUGCUGCAUCUGUGGUAGGUGAGGAGCAACACCCAGAUGAAGGCCUGUCUCUGCCGUAAGCGCUGAGAAGAUUAGGGUCCCCUAAUAUUAGACUGAAGACAGCACGAAACCAUGCAGUGCAGGGGUCCAGGAGAAGCAGCAAAGAUGUCGAAUGAGCCGCCCCCUCCUUACCCUGGGGGCCCCACAGCCCCCCUUCUGGAGGAGAAAAGUGGAGCUCCACCCACCCCAGGCUGCACCUCCCCAGCUGUGAUGCAGCCCCCACCGGGCAUGUCACUGCCCCCUGCAGACAUUGGCCCCCCACCCUAUGAGCCACCGGGUCACCCAAUGCCCCAGCCUGGCUUCAUCCCCCCACAUGUGAAUGUAGACAGCACCUACAUGCCUCCAGGUUUCUACCCUCCUCCAGGCCCCCAUCCACCCAUGGGCUACUACCCACCAGGGCCCUACCCGCCAGGGCCUUACUCUGGCCCUGGGGGCCAUACGGCCACGGUCCUGGUCCCUUCAGGGGCUGCCACCACAGUGACAGUGCUGCAGGGAGAGAUCUUUGAGGGUGCGCCCGUGCAGACGGUGUGUCCCCACUGCCAGCAGGCCAUCACCACCAAGAUCUCCUACGAGAUUGGCCUGAUGAACUUUGUGCUGGGCUUCUUCUGCUGCUUCAUGGGGUGUGACCUGGGCUGCUGCUUGAUCCCCUGCCUCAUCAACGACUUCAAGGACGUGACGCACACAUGCCCCAGCUGCAAAGCCUACAUCUACACGUACAAGCGCCUCUGCUAACGGAGCCGGGACUGGACUCCCCACUGUCAGUCUGGCCCCCUGUGCUUUGCUCCCCGCGCUCAGUGGCUCGCUUCCCCACUCCCACUUGGGGGUGGAAGCCGUUCCACCAGUCCGUCCCCUGGAAGU